AUGUCUGAUCCUUUUUCAAUAAAUGGUGGUGCAGCAGUAGCAAUGAUAGGAAAAGAUUGUAUAGCAAUAGCAUCAGAUACAAGAUUAGGUUCACAAUCAUUAGGAGUAAGUAAUUCAUUUGAAAAAAUAUUUGAAAUAAAUAAUAAUACUUUUAUAUCACUUACAGGAUUAGCAACUGAUGUUAUAACUCUUAGAGAAAAUUUAACUUUUAAAACAAAUUUAUAUAAAUUAAGAGAAGAACAUGAAAUAGAACCAUCAACAUUAGCUAAUUUAAUUUCAUCAACAUUAUAUGAAAAAAGAUUUGGUCCAUGGUUUGUUACACCAAUAGUAGCAGGAUUAAAUUCCAAAAAUGGUCAACCUUUCAUAUGUGGAUUUGAUUCAAUAGGUUGUAUAGAUUUUGCAAAAGAUUUUAUUGUAAGUGGUACAGCAACUGAUCAAUUAUAUGGAAUGUGUGAAUCAUUAUAUGAACCAAAUUUAGGACCAGAAGAAUUAUUUGAAACUAUUAGUCAAGCUUUAUUAAAUGCUGUUGAUAGAGAUGCUUUAAGUGGUUGGGGUGCUAUUGUUUAUAUUGUUACUAAAGAUAAAAUUAUAAAGAGAAGUUUGAAAACAAGGCAAGAUUAG